GCUGUGCCAUCAACCCAGCCAGGGAUCUGGGCCCCCGACUCUUCACUUAUGCGGCUGGAUGGGGCCCUGAGGUGUUCAGCGUCUCCCAUGGGCCUGAUCAAUCCCCGGCGAAUGCCAUGGAAUUUUGCGCUAAGAAGCAGCCCCCCGAGGAGGAAAGGCGGGUGAAGGCAAACGCACGUGAAUAUAAUGAAAAGUUCCAAUAUGCGAGUAACUGCAUCAAGACAUCCAAGUACAAUGUGGUCACGUUCCUUCCCAUCAACCUCUUUGAGCAAUUCCAGGAAGUGGCCAACACUUACUUCCUCUUUCUUCUUAUCCUCCAGCUGAUUCCGCAGAUCUCCUCCCUUUCGUGGUUCACCACCAUAGUGCCUUUGGUUCUCGUGCUUACCAUCACGGCGGUCAAGGAUGCCACUGACGACUAUUUUCGUCACAAGAGUGACAACCAAGUGAACAAUCGCCAGUCCCAAGUGCUGAUCAAUGGGAUCCUCCAGCAGGAACAGUGGAUGAAUGUUCGGGUCGGUGAUAUCAUCAAGUUGGAGAACAACCAGUUUGUGGCUGCUGACCUGCUCCUUCUGUCCAGCAGUGAACCUCAUGGGCUCUGCUACAUUGAGACGUCAGAACUGGAUGGGGAAACUAACAUGAAAGUUCGGCAGGCCAUCCCGGUGACGUCGGAGCUGAGUGACACCAGCAAACUUGCACACUUUGAUGGGGAGGUGAUCUGCGAACCACCCAACAAUAAACUAGACAAGUUCGGUGGGACCCUGUACUGGAAGGAAAGCAAGUACCCCUUGAGCAACCAGAACAUGCUGUUACGUGGCUGUGUCCUUCGCAAUACAGAGUGGUGUUUUGGACUUGUCAUCUUUGCAGGCCCAGAUACCAAACUGAUGCAAAAUAGUGGCCGCACAAAAUUCAAGAGGACGAGUAUCGAUCGUUUAAUGAACACUCUGGUGCUUUGGAUCUUUGGCUUCCUGGUUUGCAUGGGAGUGAUCCUGGCCAUUGGCAACUCCAUCUGGGAGUAUGAAGUGGGCGCCUGCUUCCAGAUCUACCUGCCCUGGGAUGAGGCAGUCGACAGUGCCUUUUUCUCUGGCUUCCUCUCCUUCUGGUCUUACAUCAUCAUCCUCAACACUGUCGUCCCUAUCUCUCUCUACGUCAGUGUGGAGGUGAUCCGUCUUGGGCAUAGCUACUUUAUCAACUGGGACAAAAAGAUGUACUGUGUGAAAAGGUGCACACCAGCGGAGGCACGGACUACCACCCUGAAUGAGGAGCUGGGGCAGGUGGAGUACAUCUUCUCAGAUAAAACAGGCACCCUCACUCAAAACAUCAUGGUCUUCAGCAAGUGUUCAGUGAAUGGGCACAGCUAUGGUGAUGUUUUGGAUGUCCUGGGUUACAAAGCUGAACUUGGAGAGAAGACAGAACCAGUCAACUUCUCUUUCAACCCUCUGGCUGACCCCACAUUCACUUUCUGGGACACAGGACUUUUGGAAGCAGUCAAGCUGGGUGACCCACAUGUACACGAGUUCUUUCGUCUCCUUUCUCUCUGCCACACGGUCAUGUCUGAAGAGAAGACCCCAGGGGAGUUGUAUUACAAAGCCCAGUCUCCUGAUGAGGGAGCCCUGGUGACGGCCGCCCGCAACUUUGGCUUUGUGUUCCGCGGACGCACCCCCAAGACAAUCAUGGUUCAGGAACUGGGGCGGCCUGUGACCUACCAGCUUCUUGCCAUCUUAGACUUCAACAACGUUCGCAAGCGCAUGUCGGUCAUUGUGCGAAACCAAGAGGGGCAGAUCCGCCUUUACUGCAAAGGAGCAGACACCAUUUUGCUAGAGAGGCUUCAUCCGGGAAAUCAGGAACUGUAUAACAUAACCACCGACCAUCUGAAUGAAUAUGCUGGGGAGGGUCUGCGAACGUUGGUCUUAGCUUACCGUGACCUGGAAGAAAGCUACUAUGUGGGCUGGGCUGAGAGAUUGCAGCGAGCCAGCACAUCCAGCGAAGGCCGCGAGGAGAGGUUAGCGCAGCUUUACGAGGAAGUGGAGAAUGACAUGAUGCUGCUGGGAGCCACUGCUAUUGAAGACAAGUUGCAACAGGGAGUUCCAGAAACCAUCGCUCUGCUCACCUUGGCGAACAUCAAGAUCUGGGUCUUAACAGGAGACAAGCAAGAGACAGCUGUGAACAUUGGCUACUCCUGCAAGAUGCUCACGGAUGAGAUGACGGAGGUGUUCAUUAUCACGGGGCACACGGUCCUGGAGGUGCGACAGGAGUUGCGGAAGGCUCGAGAGAAAUUGAUGGACUCCUCACGGUCCAUGGGGAACGGCUUCACCUACCAAGAAAAACUCUCUGCCUCAAAGCUUACGUCUGUCCUGGAGGCCGUGGCUGGAGAAUAUGCCCUAGUUAUCAAUGGGCACAGCCUGGCUCAUGCCUUGGAAGCCGACAUGGAAAUGGAGUUCCUUGAGACAGCGUGUGCCUGCAAAGCUGUUAUCUGCUGCCGCGUCACCCCCUUGCAGAAGGCCCAGGUGGUGGAGCUGGUGAAGAAGUAUAAGAAGGCUGUCACCCUGGCCAUUGGGGACGGGGCCAAUGAUGUCAGCAUGAUCAAGACUGCCCACAUUGGGGUUGGCAUCAGUGGCCAAGAGGGCAUUCAGGCGGUGCUGGCCUCCGACUACUCCUUCUCGCAGUUCAAGUUCCUGCAGCGCCUCCUGCUAGUCCACGGGCGCUGGUCCUACCUGCGCAUGUGCAAGUUCCUUUGUUACUUCUUCUACAAGAACUUUGCCUUCACCAUGGUGCACUUCUGGUUCGGCUUCUUCUGCGGCUUCUCUGCCCAGACCGUAUACGAUCAGUACUUCAUCACUCUCUACAACAUCGUCUACACCUCGCUGCCUGUGCUCGCCAUGGGUGUCUUUGACCAGGAUGUGCCUGAGCAUCGCAGCCUGGAAUACCCCAAGCUGUAUGAACCAGGGCAGCUGAACCUCCUCUUCAACAAGCGGGAGUUUUUCAUCUGCAUUGCCCAGGGCAUCUACACCUCCGUCUUCAUGUUCUUCAUCCCAUAUGGGGUCUUCAGUGACGAUGCCCUCCUCGCUGACUACCAGUCCUUUGCUGUCACUGUGGCAACUUCUCUUGUCAUCGUCGUCAGCGUACAGAUUGGCCUGGAUACAGGAUUCUGGACGGCUAUCAACCAUUUCUUUAUCUGGGGCAGCCUUGCCGUUUACUUCGCCAUCCUCUUUGCCAUGCACAGCAACGGCCUCUUCCAACUCUUCCCCAACCAGUUCCGUUUUGUCGGCAAUGCCCAGAACACGCUAGCCCAACCCGCUGUGUGGCUAACCAUCGCCCUCACCACAGUCGUUUGCAUAAUGCCCGUGGUUGCAUUUCGUUUCCUCAAGUUGGACCUGAAGCCUGAGCUUUCGGAUACGGUGCGCUAUACCCAGUUGGUCCGGAAGAAGCAGAAGACGCAGCACCGGUGCAUGGGCCGGGUGGGCCGAGUGGGCUCCCGGCGCUCAGGCUAUGCCUUCUCCCACCAAGAGGGCUUUGGCGAGCUCAUCAUGUCUGGCAAAAACAUGCGCCUCAGCUCCCUGGCCUUGUCCAGUUUCAGUGGCCGCACCAGCACCAGCUGGAUUGAGACCUUGCGGAAGAAGAAGAGUGGUGGCGGCGACUGCAGCAGCAUCGCCAGCAGCCCCAGUGGUGGCGGUGGUCCUGACAAGACCCUAAAAGUGUGAGAAAACCCAAGGAAUGUCUGGGAGGGGUCCUGGAUGAAUGGAUGGACAGACGGACAGGCAGGCCUCGUCUGGUGGAGAGGGGAGGAAGACCGUCGGCAGGCCAGAAGCGCCCUGUCCUUCAGUUGCUGUGGAAUCACGGCGCCUUCCUGAUGGAUCGGUACACGCAGGCCUGAGGCCUCAGCUGUUGCCGUAUAACCAAAAAAUACUCCCUGUCUGGUCAGCAGCACAUAGUGGCCUCGCAGGCUGGUGGGAGAGACAGGAAUCGACCCACCAAAUCUCUUUCCCUCCAACACUCCCCAAACUGGACAGAUGGAACCCCGAACUGUUGUGCAAAAGGGGUCUUUUUAAAAAUAUAUAUAUAUAUAUACAUACAUAUAGAUAUAUAGAUAUAUACAGAAACAAAAUCCAGUUAUAUCUACUCACCUCGGCAGCGCAACGUCUACUCCCUGCACCGCACACGAAUGUAUCCAGCUAGACGGUUGGGGCAAUAAGAGGCAUCGUGUGGUGACGUCACAAGAUGGAGCAUAGCCUCCUUUCUUCUCGCCUCACUUCUUUGCCUCCUCCCCAUCACCUCCGUAUGUCUUUUUUAUAUAUAGAGAUAGAUAUAUAGAACUAUAGAGAAAGAGAAACUAAGAACAAUCCAAGUUUACACAAAGAAAAGAGAAAGAGAUUGGAUUCUUUUUCGUCUCAUAUUGUCCGUUGGCAUGCUGGAAGUUUUCAGUGGGUGCCUCUUGGGCACGGAGCAGCAGCGUUCAGGGGACAAGGCGGAAAUGGCACAGGAGGCCUCCUUUAAAGCAGCAGCUGCACCAGCCCUGCCAAAGGAAAAUUGGCAUCGGAGGCUUAGGAGAAAAAGGUCACUUGCUCCAUUGAGAUGGCCCCUUCCUCAGCAAACAGAUUCCCUGUUUCUGUGUUGGAAUGGAAAGGGGAGAGCAGGCCACUUUGGACAAUGUGGGGAGAGCUGACCCCACUUCUUUCUAGAGCGCCCUGGCCCUGCACCCCGCAACUGAUUCCUGGGGCAGGAGAAGGUUAAGAAGAAAAGAGUAUAUUUUUAUAUAAAUGUCAGGCUUGGGUUCGCAAAAAGCAGCUUCCCUUUCUCCCUCCCCCCAUAACACACACUUCACCUGCCCUUUUCUUUGUGUCUGCAAGCGCUCUUGUGCCACAGGAGAUGGGGCACAGCAGAGCUAACUAGAUGGGGAGAACCCAGGGAAGAGCCUUUUCUUUUGGGGAUUGAGCUGAUAUUUCAGAGUGGAGUGGUAGCCCUGCUUCCUCUCUCCAUAUCAGAUCUGUAUGUCCGCACGGCUUCUAGCAUAGUGUACCAGCCCAAAAGCCCAUCUAGUCCAUAGCAUUCCGUGUACAUAAUGGUCAAACAGAUAACCCUGGAGGAAACCCAUAUUCCUCAGUUGCUGGUAUUUAGAAGUAGGGUGCCUCUGAACAGGGAAGCUCCAUUCUUCAUUAUCAAGAGCAGAAGAGGAGCUGGGCUGGAUCAGACCCAGUUCUCAGUCCAAAUCACAGUCCAGCAUUCUCUUCACAACGGUCAACCAUUGGGAAGCCUACAAAGCAGGGCAUGAGAGCCAGAGCAGCCUCCUCCUCACAUUCCUUAGCAGCUGGUAUUUGCCUCUGAACAGAUAGGUUCCAUUUAUUCAUAAGAGUGGAAGAAGCACCCUGAUAGAUCAGACCAAGUGUGGCAAUAGAUUCUUCUUCUCACAGUGGCCAACUGGGCGCCUCAGUUGGAAGCCCACAAACAAGCUGUGAGGAAAACUCCACGCUCUUGCUGACCCAUACUAGUUCCUUUCUGCUGCCCUUUUGUGGACCUUCCUCUUCUCCUCUUCCAUAGAUGGUUUGCCAUUUCCAUCUGCUUCUCAUCUCUCAUUCAUCCAAAGGCUCUCCCUUUUUUGACUGCUCAUAGUCCAAGCUGCUCCGAUCUCCAGAUUCAGCUACCAUUAGCCCCUGUCCUCCUAAGUAGGAACUUUGGCUGAGUGACUCUUAAUCAGACCAUGAGACCCACAGCUUUUUGGAUGUAGGACUCCAACUCUCAUCUCCCUUAACCAUUGGCCAUGCUAAAGAGGGAUGAUGCAGCUCCUGGAGGGAAACAGGAGAUAGGACCAUUAAUCCCUCUUCCCCUCAAACCUGAAGAUGGCUCUUGCUUACCUUCUGAUCUUCCUGUCCCCAUUAUUUUUUUAAAUGUGCCUUGGAGAGAAGGGGGUGACCCACUGCAGUGGGUGAGGCUGGAAGGAUGUGAUCCCAAAAUCUAGUGGGUCACCCCCUUCUCUGUUUCACUUGGGGAGGUAUGCCCUGAGCCUCUGGAGCAAUGCUGCUUGAGCUAUCGCAUGUGAGGGACCAGCAGUUUCUUCCCAGUGUGUCAGGGACCGCCACCACAUUGAUGUCCAUUGAGACAAAUGUUUAUUUCCUGGAAACUCUCCAGGGACUGGCAGCUGAUGGCUCCUGGACUUGCACUGGUCCAUGGACCACCAGUUUGGGCAGCACUGCUCUCGAGGCCUAUGGGCAACUGGACCCAUAGAAUCAUAGAAUUGGAAGAGACCUCAAGGGCCAUAAAGUCAAACCCCCGUCUUCCCUUUCCGUCUUUCUUUCCUCUUUCCUGAUCCCCUGCAGCUCUCUUCUCACAUUUCAUUUGCAGAAAGGACUCAUUCCUACUGGCAAAGUUACCUGUCCUGAUGUGGAAGGGGCCAGUGUGGCCCUUCCCAGAAUCCCACAGGCCCCUGGUUGACCAGUGUAGGAAGCAGAGUGCUUUGCGUUGGGCCUUUGGUUUCAUCCAGCAUCGCUCUUUUUCUGUUCUGUCAGAUCAGUUCUUGUUUCCCCCCUCAGACCGCCACCCUUGUUCUGCUGUGUAAGCAGAGGUUUCAAAAAGUUACUUUUUGAGGGGACAAAACCUCCCAUAACUCCCAGAGGCGUCAUGACAUCUUGUCAGUAUGGAGAGAGAUCUUGUAGCACCUUUAAGACUAAGUGAAAGAAAGAAGUUGGUAGCAUGAGCUUUCCUAGGCUUCAGUCUACUUUCUCAGAUGCUUUUGGUGGAGCACCAAGGGCA